UAUUUGAGUUUUCUAGUUCCCGACUAUCACUUGAACGCUGCAAUAGUUCUAAAACACCCUUACUUCCUGAUAGCGGUUUACUGACACAUGACACUCUGUUGGUGAUACCACCGAACGCUAAACUUCUAAACUGCAAUAGCAACAGAUUAUAUCAACCGAACUGACAGAUAUUUGUGGCAGCAAAAGGAGUCAUCAUCAAUAGACUUUUAUAUAUUUUUUCGCGUGCCAGUUUGCAACGUUCUGCGGAAACCGCUGCCUCUUGGCUCUGGAUUCCAUCGAAAGUUACAAUGUUGCAACUGCAAGUAGGAUGAAACACACGAUGUGGACGCUUUCAAUAGUCAGGUGAUUCAAGUCAUUGUUAUUGUAUUCAAAGUUAGCCUUUACCGUUACGAACAUGAGGUUACGAUUCUUUAAAAAGAACCUGCUCAUUCUCAUGGGUGUUUCUUUAAUUAUUGCCACUGUCAUGAUCAUAACACGUGUAUUAAUUUAUGAUGAAGUCACGGGUGUUGUCGCUCAGGAAAACAUGUUGUCUGGUGACAUGGCGAAGUUUCAAUAUGGUUCUGUUCCUGUAUUGAUGAAGUCUGUUUACAAUGCCAAUUAUCACCAAUACGUUCAGAAUGCGGACACGUAUCCUGGGGAGCCUAAACUGGUCCUGGUUAUUCAGGUUCACAACAGACCAGACUACCUCAAAAUACUUAUCAAGUCAUUGGAAAAUGCAGCUGAGGUCCACAACUUUUUGCUGAUUUUCAGCCAUGACUAUUUUUCAGAGGAAAACAAUGACAUAGUGCAAGGUAUAACUUUCUGCAAGGUUGUACAAAUAUACUUCCCCUACAGCACACAGCUCUAUCCCAGUGAGUUUCCUGGGCAGGAUCCACGGGACUGUCCACGAGACAUAUCCAAGGAUGAUGCUUUAAAAACAGGAUGCCUCAACGCUGAGCAUCCAGAUUCGUAUGGCCACUAUAGGGAAGCCUCCAUCACACAGACCAAACACCACUGGUGGUGGAAACUUCACUUUGUGUGGGAGCGAGUGCAGGCUCUGCAUGGUUACAGUGGCUUUGCAGUUUUCCUCGAGGAGGACAACUACAUCUUGCCCGACCUCUACCACCUUUACAACGAGAUGGUUGGAUACAGGAAGAGCAGCUGCCCUGACUGUGACAUGCUGGCGCUAGGCAACCACAACGGCCUGGCAGAGUUUGAUAAGCUCAGCAACAAGGUGCAGACUGCCGGGUGGAUGUCUACUAAGCACAACAUUGGCAUGGGCAUUUCCAGAGAGGUGUACUACAAGCUGAUGGGUUGCAAUGAUGACUUCUGCACCUAUGAUGACUACAACUGGGACUGGACCCUCCAGCACCUGUCAGGGACUUGCAUCUCCAAGCCACUCAAAGUGCUGGUGGCCCAGGGAUCCAGGGUUCUCCAUACUGGGAACUGUGGGCUGCACCAGAACAAGGAGGCCUGUCUGCCUGAGCUGGCCCUACAGAAAGCACAGGAGUCUCUUAAGCUUGCCAAAGUCUCCCUCUUCCCUCAGUCCCUGGCCCUAACAAACACAGAGUCAAUGGAGCACAAGGCUCACAUGAAAAACGGCGGGUGGGGUGAUAUCCGUGACCAUGUUCUUUGUAAUAACUAUGCUAAACGUCUAUGAACUAAGGGUUUCUCACUUUCAUCUUUUUGAUGUACUGAGGAUUGAGGAAAUAAGUGCCAUUCAUACAUUGAGUUCCAAAGACCGCAGUGUGUUUUAAUUGUGGUUUUUAAUGAGGUCUUCCAAGGGUUAGUGAACAUUUGAUUGGGAAUGUUUUGGUGUGUAUGCAGCAGUGUGAUUUAUAGCUUGGUUGUUAUUACCGAAAGUACCAUGUUUGCCAAAUAUAUUUCUUUAUUUUUUUUAACAGAUUAUGCAAGCCUAUUCUUAUGGACUGUAACAUCGUUUGCUUUAUAUUUUCUAAAAAUGAAGAGCACAUUUUUGUUGAAGUAAAAUGACUGUGUUAGACUUCAUGAAAAGAACAUAAUGUUUCAACGCCAGCAGCUAAUUAUUAUGGUACACAUAAAUGACUUCAUAUUGAAAAUAAAACUAAAUCAGAGUAAUACAUUCUUGGUUUCGACUACAUGUUAGAUCAUUGCCAUUUGUAUACAUCCUUCAGAACAAAUAAGAGAGUUGAGCCAUUUUCCCAUUUAAUGUGGUGACGCUUAUCCAACUUCAGGAUCUCUUACCCAUUCACACAAAAUCUAGAAUCUAAUAUUUUUCCUUUAAUUUGUAUGUGGUGCAUACGGUAUAAAUAGAAAAAUAACAGCAACAGUCAUUGUUCGGUAUAUAAUGAACAAACCUAUAGAUUCUAUUGUACAAUAAAAGUGACAAUCUUGAAAUGACUGGUUUAUUGACAAAUAUAUUAAACUAUGUUCACUUUGUAUCUGACAAUUGGUUUUACUUGUACAAUACUUACUGUACAAAGCCUACAGUAUGUAAUUUGUUUGACAAAUGUGUGAGUACAAUAAAACAACAUGUUUUACAUGGGAACAACA